CUGAGUAGUGAUGAACAUUUUUUCAACAUCUGAGAGUUAAUAAAGCUCAAAUGUUUAAAAUUUUCGCGCUAAUAUUAGUCCUGGUGCAAACGAUUGAUGUUGAAGCAUUGUCUGAUUUCAGGAUUGCUAAAUCAGAGCUACAACGAUUGGAAGAUUUAAAGUACUACUUGUGUGGCCUGUCUCCGAAGAAACAAAGAGGACCAACAAGGAGGAAGAACAACUUGGGGGAAUGGAGAGGGAUAGGAUGGUUCUGUGUGCCAGAGGCUAACUGUAGUGGAGUGGAGACUACAUAUGAAAUUACUCAAGAUGCCAAACCAGCACUGGCCUGCGAUGCUGUCAGGUACAAUGAGGGACGAAGCAGCUGUUGCUUUACUGAUAAAUUGAAACCUCCAAUCAAAUUUACCGACCCUGAUUGGGAUGUGUACACGUUCACCGGUAAAUCAUCCAAGACCCGUGACUUUGCCAGGAUGGAUGAACAUAGGAAAAAAUUAUUCAAAACAUUCAUCCCUGGAGGAGAUCCAGAUGUGGAAGCAGUAUUGGAGAACUAUGAAAUAUGUGCUGCGUUUCCCAUCGGAAUUGAGGAGGGAAGAACAGUAUGGACCCCUUACGUGUGUAUGUCUGAAACACAGUGCGCCGGUACAAUAAACACUAAUAUUCAAGAGGAUUUGAAAUUUCCUCUUGGAGGCGAUAUGUGUCUAAGAAGUACAUCAUACGAAGAACGCCUGGCUUGCUGUCACAUUUCAGCAGCAGUUCCAGUAAAGAAAGAGCCAAACUCGUGGAAGUUUGUUGAGUUUUUAACUACGCAAAAGUAUGCCCCAGGAUUUCGUUCAAAGUUCAUGUGUGAACAGUACGCUAAGCUUGUUUGUGAUGGGGACAAAGAUCGUUGCGCUCAAAAGGUGCUGAACAGGGCUAACUACACCGUGCCUGGAGAGUUCCCCCACCACGCACUCGUGGGGAUAAGACUGCCCAGAAGACAGACUUUUCACUGCCAAGGCUCCAUAAUCAGUAAGUUGUUUAUCUUGACGAGUUACGACUGCAGACAAGAUGACCACACUUUGGCCAACAUUGUUCUCGUAGGCUUCAAAUUCGAUAUGGGCGAAGAACCUCCGGAGUAUGAACAAAUAUCUUACAUAAAAAAUCAUAUCAGUGCUCAUAAAAAACAUUGGUUCCUGUUACUGAAACUUUGGCGUCCAUUGACUUUAAGCCCUUUUGUCAGACCAGCCUGCAUCGACUGGUAUUUUUUACACGAUACACUUAGUAGUCAAACCUUUGAUUUCAAGGAAGGAUGGAUUAUAGAUUAUGGGCCGCUUGAUCCGAGCGGUACUUUUACAACAAAUGUGACACGUUUUAUUUAUGAUUUUUACUCUGUAAAUGAAGUGAGCCCCACAAAUAAGAAUAUUGAGUGUAAAGCCAGACUGCCAGAACAAAAAAAGAAAUACUUUAAAGGUAAAUUCUCAGACUCACACGAAUAUCUUUGUCUAUUAGGCAAACAAAUUUACAAUUCUGAUGUGAAGAAAAUGGUUCACGAUCACUCUCAACUUAACGGUAGACAUUUGGGUCGUUUCAGCAAAGGAGCGUCAUUCAGUACUUUUGAGAGAUACUGUCAAUGGAAGGUGUAUGGGAUUUACAGCCAAAAUGAGAAAUACCCCAUACCUCCCCUGGUAAUAGAAACAGUUCCCCACGCCCUGCCCUGGAUUGAGGAGAUUGUGUGGAGACAGGACUUUGAUUGGUUAUUCUUUGACCUAUCUUGGCCUGAGUGUGCUGACUGGGAAGAUCCAGAGACUACACCAAGAAGGAAAGGUGGUGAUGCUGAUUUAGCGACCUACCAAUUCAACUUUCAUACCAUGGACUACAGUUUCAUUAAACCCCAUCAUAAUCAAUACUUUAUAAGAUAAAUUGAAACUGUAAAAAACAUUAUAUGAAAUAUAAACAAUACAGUAGAUUUAGUGAAGGUUUAAUAUGUCUGAUUAUUCUCAUAUCUCUUUCCAAACAACUAAUUAAAAUCAAAUUAAUAACAAAUUAAUUUAUUACUAGUGUACGUGUUGCUUAAAUUCGAGCAAUUGCUAAGUACUAUACACUAUACACAGGUGUUAUUAUGAAACAAAUAACAGUCAUAAUUUCUUUAAAAGAUUUGACUCAAAGAUUAUGAUCUUGUUUUUUAAUGUUUUCUACAAUAGCCUUACUCAUAGCCGCAUUAGGUUGUCCAUAAUAACGAUUAUAAAUUCUAAAAUAAACAUUAUUUCUAUUUCUUCUC